AGUCGCCCUUCCAUCCCUCUUUUCUUUGUUCCUUCAUUUCUCCCUCCCUCCCCUCUUUUUGUUCGAUUGGGUUGCGAAAGGAGGGUAGUCCUGUCACUCUCUCUCUUUUUGUGUUCUCCCUUUUUUAUUUUUUAUUUUUACAUUUUUUUCUUUUUUUUUUUCCCCUAGUGUUGGACUGUUGGGGGAGGGAGGGAGAGGAUUGUUUAUUUUGGUUUUUUUUUCUUCCUCUUAGAACUGUCCCCAAUUUAGCUCUUGUGUGUUGUCUUGAGAGAACUAUCCAUCUGCCUCUUACUCCUCUUUAUUGAGAGAACUGCACCGUUACUUUUUUUUUUAAGCCGAAGAGAGGAAGACGGCAACUCCAAACUAACAUGGCAGUCAGACUGUGUGAUGUGGCUUCUCUGCUUAGAAGUGGUUCGUGGGCAGCAGAGCCUUGGACUGGGCAGGUAAUUGCUGCCAUGGAAACUCAACUGUCUAAUGGACCAACUUGCAACAGCACAGCCCAUAGUUCAGCCACCAUAAACAAUUGUUCAUCACCUGUUGAUUCUGGAAACACAGAAGACAGCAAGACCAAUUUAAUAGUCAACUAUCUUCCACAGAACAUGACACAAGAGGAGCUGAAGAGUCUAUUUGGAAGCAUUGGUGAGAUAGAAUCCUGCAAACUUGUCAGGGACAAAAUAACAGGACAGAGCUUGGGUUAUGGUUUUGUGAACUACGUUGACCCCAAGGAUGCUGAAAAAGCUAUCAACACUCUGAAUGGAUUGAGACUUCAAACUAAAACCAUAAAAGUAUCCUAUGCGAGACCAAGUUCGGCUUCUAUCAGAGAUGCAAAUUUGUAUGUUAGUGGACUUCCAAAAACAAUGACCCAAAAAGAACUGGAACAACUCUUUUCCCAAUAUGGACGCAUUAUUACUUCUCGUAUUCUGGUUGACCAAGUCACUGGGGUAUCAAGGGGUGUGGGCUUUAUCCGGUUUGACAAGCGAAUUGAAGCAGAAGAAGCUAUCAAGGGCUUGAAUGGCCAGAAACCUCCAGGUGCCACAGAGCCCAUCACUGUAAAGUUUGCUAACAAUCCAAGCCAAAAAACCAAUCAGGCCAUCCUUUCCCAGCUGUACCAGUCUCCAAACAGAAGGUAUCCAGCACCUCUAGCUCAGCAGGCUCAACGUUUUAGGUUGGACAAUCUGCUCAACAUGGCUUAUGGAGUAAAGAGUAGGUUUCCUCCAAUGACUAUUGAUGGAAUGACCAGUUUGGCCGGAAUUAAUAUCCCCGGACAUGCAGGAACUGGAUGGUGCAUUUUUGUGUACAACUUGGCCCCUGAUGCUGAUGAAAGUAUCCUCUGGCAAAUGUUUGGGCCCUUUGGAGCAGUAACCAAUGUGAAGGUCAUCCGCGACUUUAACACCAACAAGUGCAAAGGUUUUGGAUUUGUGACUAUGACAAACUAUGAUGAGGCAGCUAUGGCAAUAGCCAGCCUGAAUGGAUACCGCCUUGGGGAUAGAGUAUUGCAGGUCUCCUUCAAAACAAACAAAACGCACAAAGCCUAACAAGUUAUUCUCAGUGCAUUAAUACAUGAAAUCUAUACAACAAAGGCAAUUUACAAGAAGCUUUAUGCAUUAGUAAAUGCCUUUGUUGUAUGCCAGUGUGGAAAUGGGGAUAAAAUGACUACUUAGCAUCCUAAGAAUAUGUGAGAUUUUUUAUUGCUAAUAUUUGAAUUAAAACUUCUUAAAUAUCUUUUGUGUUUGAAUAUUGACAAGAGAUACAGGGUUUUUACCUGUCACAAUGCAUAUUCUAUUGCCUUCUUUGAAGAAGGUGGACCUUUUAAAAUGUUUCAGCUAAGGGAAGAAGUUUUUUCUUUGUAUAUGACUGCCUUUAACCUAUGAGUAAAUAUUGAGGCUUUGUGUUAUACUUUUUAAGUUGUUUUUUUGUUAUUCUUGAUUUGCUUUGUGUUUAAUUUACUUUUUUAUGCAUUGGUGUUUUGUUGUUCCAGAAAAGAAUCUGAAGUUUACAUUUUAUUUAUAAAGUUAUAAGCAGUAUUUAUUUAAUAAUUAUCAUUUGGGGAAUGGGAACACAUUAUAAAAGCUUAUUGUAAGAAUACUGGAGAACUUUUCGUAAAGCAGUACCUUGCCAAAGAGAUAAGAGCCUCUUUGAUGUGGGUUUAAAAAAGCAUCUAUUUUUAUAAAUAAAAAAAUAAAAAAAUUUGGAGAAACUUUUUACUGGUCCUGGAACAAAUAUUUUGACUUAAAUACUUUGAGAAAUCUCUUCAUAUGACACCUAGUGAGCUUUUAAAACUUACCAGGAAAUUUGCAAUUGUUGGGGAAAAUUUAGAAAGAUUUAUGAUGUAGAAAUACUUUUGAGACCUUUGUAUUAAGAAGUAGAGUCAAUGGGAUGCACUGUUGAUUUCAUUUUUGUAAUCAUCAGUGGAGUCUUUGAUCAUCCUGGUUAUUAAGUGAUAGGUGGCUCACAUUAAUUUGUGAUUUUGAAACAAAUGAAAAUUUAAAAAAGAAUAUAAGAGCAAGCAGGAAACUUAAAAUACUGAGAAAUUGGGGAAAAAUCUGUUCUUCCUAAAGAAUUCCCUUCAGAUUGAGCUCAUGGUGUUUAGUGAUGUACUUGCUAUUGUUUGAAGAAUUGUUUUGUCUUAAGAAAAGACAUUGAGUAUGGUUUGCGCAGUAGCAAAUCAGCAGAAUUGGCCUCAGUUGGGUAUAUUUGGAGGUAUUUUGAAAGUUAUGUUCAAGGCUAACACCUGAGCUUUGUGUAAUGUAAAUAAGACCUUGAGUUAUGAACCUUUUGGCUAAUUUUUAUUUUAGUUUAUUUUUUAAGUUACAUGCCAAGUGAUGUUCAACUUUGAAUGUUUUUGUAUGAGUUUUUCUUUGUAAAUGGCAUUAACAUUGUUACUUGAGGUCUGCUUAUUCACUUUUGUUGUCCUGAGGACUUGAAUUUACAGUGCAUCAGAUCUGUUGCUAUUUGUAGAUAGUCUAGCUUCAGCUGUUUAUGGUGAUGCUACAUUUUUGUUUAUAAAUAUGUUUGUGGUAAAAAAUGAGUAUAAUCAUAGGUUUUGAAUAAAUUUCCUUACAUUUUUCAUACAAAACCCAUGAAUAUCUGUAUGCUAUUGAAAUUUAACUUUGUAUGAUGCUUAAAUCACUAUUUGGGGAAAUAGAAAAAGUCUUUACCAUGUAUUGAAGAAAUUUAAGGAAAAAAUACAGAAUAUUUUCUGAUUAGCAUCUAGCUUAUAAUUAAAUUUUUAAAAAAAGCUGAGGGUUUGAUGCCUUCACCAGGAUGCACUGACAACUGUGUAAUAACGUCCUGCUUUUUGUAUAAAUUGAGAUGCUCAUACGCUUCCCCUUAGAAAAAGCAAUGUUCUAUGCAUAACAUAGCUGUACACUAUCUUUGCAGUUGCUUUUGGUUCCUAUUCUUUUAAAUUGUAGUUAUAAAUUUUUCAGUAUAGUACAGUACAUAUACUGUGAAGCGCGUGCUAAAGUGAAUAAGCGAGUUUUCAUGCUGACCCACUCAAUGCUAUUCAAAAAUCAAUUGGCUCCUGAGCACUUCCUCAUUCUUAGGUGCAUUUAGAUUGUUAAAGCUAAUUCUUUGCAUUAAAAAAUGUAUAUACUAUAGAAAUCACAAACUUUCCAAUGUGAGUGAAAACCGUAGCUACAUGCUUCUUUCCUAUACUGCUGUAGCAACUAACAGCAUUGAUGAGAAGGCAUGUAAAUUUGGCUUCACUUUACAGUGUUUAUCAGAGCACUUAGUAAAAUAUAAGGCUGGUAUUUAUUUGAAGUUGUAUAGUAUGACUUAAUUCACAUCUGUUGGAAUAGAAAAUAUAUUCUGUUGAGUAUUUAAGAGGUUGUACAUGUUUUCUUUUGUGUUUGGAUCCUUUGUACUUUUCCAUGUUCAGUACAUCAAUAAACAAA